CAACAAGUUACCACUUAUACCUCUACAUAUCUAUAAGUCUAUAAAUAGCUCCCAAUCAAUGAAUAAACAAACAACAAUUUGUUUUAGUGAAGUUUAUUUUUAGUAAGUUUAGGUCUUUUUCUUCAAUGGCAAGUAAAGUGUUAACAUGCUCUGCUGCUUCAACUCUACUGUCGAGCCGGGCCUCGUCCAGCCCAUUACUAAUUGGUUUGGGCCCACAUUCUGGGCUUUCUGUGACACCAUCACCAAUUAAGACCCUUUCUUCAAGGCCUUCUUUGGUGGUGAAAGCCCAACAGUCAGGCCCAAGGAGAAUUGAGCCAAUGUCAGCUGAACAAAUCCACAAGAAGGUUGCCCUACUUGAAACCACUCCUUAUGUGCGUACACCUUGGAAUACUUCUGAGGAUGAGCACGAGAUCAAGAUGUGGUUUGACUUGCCAGGGCUUGCAGCUGAAAACAUAGAUGUGGAAAUUAUGGAUGAUUUGCUCGUCAUCAAAGGAGAAGGGGGUAUUGAUGCAUUUGGAAACAAGAUUUUCGGUCCUUAUGAUAGUAGCGUUCAACUUCCUAUUAACGCUUGGAAGGAAGAAACUACCGCUGUGUUUAAGAAUGGUGUUCUCUACAUUACUGUGCCCAAGAUUACCAAGUUUGAGCACAAAGUUAUUCAUAUUCCAGUUAGAUCCAUUUAAAAUUAUUCAUAAUUAACUUAUUGCUUGUGAAAUGAGUCUUCUAAACUUUUUAGAAGACAUAUAUAUAUACAUAUAUAAAUGGUGUGUAAUAUAUAUAAGAGCUAUAUGCUUUGUAUAGUUACUUUGCUUGUAAUUUAGAAAGAAGCUAAACUACUUUCUACAUUUGAAAUGUAUUUUGUAACUUUGUAAGUUGUAUGACUAGCUCAUUUGUUGGACUCAAUCGAGCCACAUACUAUAAUAAGACAAAUGAUGUUAUGUGGUAAUUAGAGGUGAUAAUCAUG